CUGCCGUAGCCCGAGUCGGAGCCGGCGUACGAGCAGGUGCCGGACGAGGCGGGCGUCUGGGUGCCGCUCGAGUACGAGGCGGGCGCGCGGCACAUGGCUGAAGAACGGUCAGCGAGCGUGCGCGGAAGGGGGACGGAAGGGACUUACUGAUGAGCAGCUUGUGAAGAGGCAGUCGCGUUGGGAGGUUGAGCUUGUCGGAAGCUGUUGCUUGGGGGAGACGGAGCGCCAUGCGGUCGUCAUGGCGUCUCUUAUGCUUCUGCCCUCGCGACACAGUCGUGCUCCUCGACGGGCUCCUUCAGCAGGUGCUCAGUCACAAGCUUUCACAUCGCAGCCGAUGCGGAUGCGCAGACAGAUUCUACACGACCGACGAGCCACGCUCGCCGUAUGCCCCUCUCCCUCGCCUGCUCCUGGGAUCCGAGCCGGAUUGCCGGCAACUGCCCACACUCGGGCAGCGGAUGCGCAGACAGACGCAAAUCGAGAGCCUUUGGGUGCUCCGGCUGUGAUGGACGACAUCUUCUCUGCCAGCAAGCCGCGUAGUCUAAAGAGAGCACUUAGCCGGCAAGCGCGCCCAAGCGUCCGGAGGCACACGACGCUGGCGAAGCGUCGACAUGCUCGCCGCCGCUUUGCUCAUCACAAGCAGCAGCAUCGCACUGAAUGCCAUCGCAAGGGCUGGGUGCACGCUUCCUGGACAUAAAGGAGCUGGCACUGUGCAGCCCACGUGGCGGCGAGAUGAGUCUGAGUGCGGCGCUGGCUUGGUCCAGCCGAGGCAGGCGGCGCCAGCGCGACGCGCCAGGCUCCAGCAACGGCGCAGCAGCCGCGACGCUGAAGCCCUUGCACGCGACUCGUGCGCUGUGCGCGGAUGCAAAACAAGAAGCUGGCGCUGCGUCGAGGGGAGAAG